CUCUCUCUCUCUCUCUCUCUCUCCCACACACACACACACACACACACCCACUCACCCUCACCCUCACCAAGUCCACAGCGUGAGUCUCAGCUGGCUCCUCACUGGGAAAAAAAACGGCACUCGGAACCACAGCGACGCCGAGCUCGCAGCGCUCAACAUGGCCGACACAACAAGUUUGAACGAGUCGUCCACCAGGGACGGGGCUAAUCGCUUCGCUCGCAAAGGAGCUCUAAGGCAGAAAAACGUCUACGAAGUGAAGGACCACAAGUUCACCGCCCGGUUCUUCAAGCAGCCGACUUUCUGCAGCCACUGCACGGACUUCAUCUGGGGCUUUGGAAAACAAGGAUUCCAGUGCCAAGUUUGCUGUUUUGUGGUCCACAAGAGGUGCCAUGAAUUUGUCACAUUCUGCUGUCCGGGAGCUGAUAAAGGGCCAGACACGGAUGACCCCAGAACGAAGCAUAAAUUUAAGAUCCACACAUAUGGGAGCCCCACCUUCUGUGACCACUGUGGCUCUUUGCUGUACGGCCUCAUGCACCAGGGCAUGAAGUGUGACUCUUGCGACAUGAACGUCCACAACACGUGCGUCAUGAACGUGCCCAGCCUGUGUGGCACCGACUACACCGAGAGGAGGGGGCGCUUGUACCUCAAGUGUGAGGUCAGCGAGGAGAAGAUGAAGGUCACAGUUGGCGAAGGCAGGAAUCUGAUACCCAUGGACCCCAAUGGCUUGUCUGAUCCAUAUGUCAAACUCAAGCUCGUACCUGACCCCAAAAAUGAGACCAAGCAGAAGACCAAAACCAUCCGCUCCAACUUGAACCCCAAAUGGAACGAGACAUUUACCUUCAAACUGAAGGCCACAGACAAGGACCGCAGGCUGUCCAUUGAGGUGUGGGACUGGGACCGAACCACCAGAAAUGACUUCAUGGGGGCUCUUUCAUUUGGUGUGUCGGAGCUCAUCAAAUCUCCAGCGUGUGGCUGGUAUAAGUUGUUGUGCCAAGAGGAGGGAGAAUAUUACAACGUUCCCAUCUCAGAGGAGGAUGACGGCAACGAGGAACUGAGACUGAAAUUUGAGAAAGCCAAGCUAGGCCCAGGGAAGACCAAUACAGAGACAGAUGGCAGCCCAUCCAGCCUGUUGCCGUCCAACCGCUUGGACCAGGUCAAGCUCACUGACUUCAGCUUCUUGACUGUUCUAGGGAAAGGGCAGCUUUGGCAAGUCCUGCUGGCUGAGAUGAAGGCCACUGAAGAGCUCUAUGCAAUAAAGAUUCAAAAGGACGUGGUGAUCCAGGACGACGACGUGGAAUGCAUCAUGGUGGAGAAGAGAGUCUUGGCCCAGCAGGAAAACGCCUUCCUCACACAGCUACACUCGUGCUUCCACACUGUGGAUCGUCUGUACUUCGUCAUGGAGUACGUGACUGGCGGAGACCUCAUGUACCACAUCCAACAAGUGGGAAAGUUCAAGGAACCACAGGCAGUAUUCUAUGCAGCAGAGAUCGCUGUUGGUCUCUUCUUCCUACACCGUAAAGGCAUCAUCUAUAGAGAUCUAAAGUUGGACAACGUUAUGCUGGACUGUGAGGGCCACAUUAAGAUUGCUGACUUCGGCAUGUGUAAAGAGAACAUGAUGGACGGAGUGAGCACUCGCACCUUCUGCGGUACUCCGGACUACAUUGCCCCCGAGAUCAUUGCUUACCAGCCAUAUGGGCGUUCUGUAGACUGGUGGGCGUAUGGAGUACUGCUAUAUGAAAUGUUAGCCGGACAGCCUCCAUUUGAUGGCGAGGAUGAAGACGAGUUGUUCCAGUCCAUUAUGGAGCACAACGUGUCCUACCCGAAGGCCCUGUCCAAAGAGGCUGUUUCCAUUUGCAAAGGGCUGAUGACCAAGCAUCCGUCCAAGCGACUGGGCUGCGGCGCUGAAGGGGAGCGGGACGUCAAAGAGCACGCUUUCUUCAGACGUAUUGACUGGGAACGCCUUGAGAACAAGGAGAUACAGCCACCCUUCAAGCCGAAACUGUGCGGCAAAGGAGCGGAGAACUUCGACAAGUUCUUCACGCGCACACAGCCCCAGCUGACACCCCCUGACGAGCUGGUGAUCGCCAACAUCGACCAGGCCGAGUUUGCGGGCUUCUCCUUCAUCAACCCACAGUUUGUACACCCGUCGUUCAGCCCCAGCGCGUGAGAAAGACGGCCCGAGCGCCCCCUUUUCACCCCCCUUCCCCCGCCCCGCUGUGUGAAGGGUCUCCUCUACUCACUGCCACCAUUAAAACUCACCACCUAACACCCGACCACCACUCGACAUGACUACACUUGAUGUUUCUAAUCCAUGAGCAGCGUUCUAAGGCAUGCUUAUUUGUUCUCUAUGCUAUAUUUUGCAGUCUCGGUUCGGUUCAUUCUUGGCCACCGCAAGAAGGCUUUAGAUUAUUCCUGAGCAUGUACUGUGUACAACCAUGUCCUUUCUAACCAAGCUCUACCAAAACUGGACGCUGUGAGAAGGAAUAUUGUUUAUCUAUGCCAGUAAAUGAUGAAAGUAAAGGAGUGUAUCAAUUAUAGGAGGAAAAACAACAACACUUUUGUUUAAGGCAUGGACUCUUUUUGAAAAAGAUGCACGAACUAUUUGACAAACAUCUCUCGCUUGGUUCUCAUGAAGGUUGUGGAGAUAGCUUAGCCAAAUAUUGUAUGAAGGAGAGGUGGUGCAAUGUUCCCCUGGAUCAUGUUUACUUCGUUUCUCUCUGCCAAUCAUAUUUUUGCAUUAUUUGACGCUCGACAUAAUCAUCUCCCGUUGAAAUGAAGCGCAAACUCGUAUUUUAACAUCAGAAGCGGUGGCGCCUGUAAAGAAAGCGCCACGUGGCCAUUAAAGUCGGUCCGUUGGUUCCAAGCUACAUUACUUGACUUGAUAUCUGAAGAUCGUAGUUGCUAGGAGACGUACAGUCGUGCUCAGUUACGACUCGUAGGACAGAGAGACACUUGCGUGUAGAAUUUUAGAAGUUAAUGCUAAAAGUUUACAGUGUGUUGCCAAGUGUUUUAGUCCCCUUAUAAUGUGCUAAUAGUGUU